AAUUCUGUGUCAAAUGGCAACUGUCAAAGACUGAAGUAAAAUAGAGGUUAUUUCAUUAAGUUGAACAAUAAAUAAUUUAAAAUGCCGUUCAUGAAAGGAAGAGCACCUAUUCGCCGAACUUUGGACUACUUGAAUGCAGGCAAGCUAGUGCUCAAGGACAAAAUAAAAAUAUUUUCCGUUGCAUACAACAUUCAGGGCCAAAAUAAUGUCGGAGCCAAGGAGUUCGUUUUCUGGUAUCUACCACAAAUCCAGUACAAAAAUCCAGACGUGCAAGUCGCUACAUUAAAGAAUUUGACACCAUCUCCAUUUAUAAAGUGUUAUUUUGACGACGGCAGGCAAAUAUUGGUGGACAUAGAUAAUAAAUCAAAGGAAGAUAUAAUGGAGCACUUAUUGAAUACCGUUGGUAAAUCGCAAGAAGUUUUGGCAGCAGAGGCGAUAGAAAAAGAGGACAAUCCCGCUAACUUCGGUACCGGUUGUCAAAGACCCUGCAUAUGCGAAAUAUAUGGUCAAGUUCCGUGCCCUGGUGUAGUCCCGUUGCCGAAAUUCAUGCGCGGCAAAUAUAAAAACCAAACAGAUUAGAUAGUUAUUUACAAUAGUUUUAAGUAAAAUUAUAGUAAAUUAGAAAAUAAUAAACAUAAUUUUAGUUAUCCA